AAAACAUUAGAAUAAAUAAAUACCACAGAAUCUGGACCCAGGAGUGGCUGAGUGAGACUCUCCUCUUCUGAUAAGCUGCUAUAAAUACAGCUCUUCUUCUGUCUUUAGGAGACAACACUAACGUCUGUGGUUCUACAUCCAGCAGAAAAACACCAAAAUGGGCGAAGGACAAAAAAUCACCCAGAUCCUCAUGUGCAUCAUUUUACUUGGCCAACUCUGCUGGACACAGGAAGGGAACAAAGAUCUAAAUUAUAGAACUUCCACAUAUAGGCAGUUGUGUUACGACGACUGCCAAACGCAUGGAAAUUACUACUGGUGUAACACUAAAAAGGGCUGGGAUUACUGCUCAUUAACACCAACCACCGAUUAUAAAGGCAACGAGUGUUAUGACUGGCAUCCCUGUGACCUGCAUGGUAAAGAUUACUACUGGUGCAAUACAAAGUCUGGGGAGGAAAAUUACUGUGGAAAAGUGGAGCAGAGAACAGUGCUGUAUAUAAGUUCGACUUAUCAGAGUGAGUGCAGAGACGGUUGUUCCUAUGAUGAGUCAGAGUCAUACUACUGGUGCAACACAGAUAAAGGGUGGGACUACUGCUCUCCAUCACCUGAUGUCACGUACAAGGGUGAGCCGUGCCGACACGAUCACUUCUGUGACACCCAUGGCUAUGACUACUCAUGGUGCAGGACAGACUCAGGCUGGAACUACUGUGGCACUAUUGAGACCAUCAUUGAUUGCAGAACCAGUGGACGUUGGAAAAGACAACCUAAUAAUAUAGUAGAGAUCUGUACUAAGACUGACCUUGGGAACAGAAAGGAGACCAAGAUUACUGCAGAGCCUGAUGAUGAUGCAAUAACAGAUGGAAGAACUUGGAGGAAAGAGAUAAAUGAACUAAUUUUACAAUGGAGCAAUAAUUUACUGCACAAUCAGGCCGGGACCCUCAUAUCGAUAGGAAACUUUCGCAUUGACAACCAGGGGCUGCAGAACAGAAAUAAUCGGCAUUACUACAACCUCCAAAUUCAGGUGAACAUACCUCGCCGAAAUAGAAGGAGCACUACAGUGGCCCAGGUGCUAAUGCCAGUAAAUGAAGAUGUUCCAGAAAGAUACGUCCAGAGGGCUUUUGGUGAGAGCUUCCGCCGACGUGCCAGGGUUUUUGUGGAUGUGAACUAUGGCAACAUUCCUGUUAGAAGUGGACAAAACUGUGACGAAAGACAAAAUACGCUGUUUGUUUGCAGACGAUCGGACCUUUGAACUUCUGCUUGCUGCCUGGAGCUGAAGAACCACAGCAUGCUAUUACUUUUGAACAGAUCUGAUUUACUUUAGAUUUGAUUGUGUAGAAAUAUGUAGAUCCUGUUUAAUGACCCCUAUAACCACAUCACUGAGAAAGUGACAUGAGCUGAUGAUCAGUACACAGAUUCCACUGAAUCAAAGAGGAACAUCUCAUGUUUUAGCUUCAAGCAACAGAGAAAUGUACUGAAUGAUUAUAUAUUAAUAAAUGUUUUUGUUGAUGUUGGCUACCUGCAAAAAUAUUGUUCAAAAUGUCCAAUUUCUAUCAUUCAAUUUCAAUAAAACAAAAAAACAUUCCUUUUCCGUCA